AUGGCAGAUAAAGAGCAAGGGAAGAAACCCAGGAAGAAAAGUGCGACUGUCUGCGGCUACCCAAUCAGCAUUUUCUUCAUUGUGGUCAAUGAGUUCUGCGAGCGUUUCUCCUACUAUGGCAUGCGAGCUGUCCUGGUGUUGUACUUCAAGUACUUCCUGAGGUGGGAUGAUGACUUUGCCACCACCAUCUACCACACAUUUGUGGCUCUGUGCUACCUGACUCCCAUCCUGGGUGCCAUUGUUGCUGACUCGUGGCUUGGAAAGUUCAAGACCAUUGUUUACCUGUCCAUCGUCUACGCUCUGGGCCAGGUCAUCAUGGCAAUAAGUGCAAUCCAUGACAUCACCGACGGCAACAAGGACGGCAUCCCUGACAACAUAGCCCUGCAUGUAGGUCUGUCCAUGAUGGGUUUGCUCCUCAUUGCCCUGGGAACGGGAGGCAUCAAGCCCUGCGUGGCUGCCUUUGGAGGCGAUCAGUUUGAGGAGCAUCAGGAGAAACAGAGAAGCACUUUCUUCUCCAUCUUCUACCUGUCCAUCAACGCAGGGAGCCUGCUGUCCACAGUCAUCACCCCCAUCCUCAGAGCCCAGCAGUGCGGCAUUCACACCAAGCAGCAGUGCUACCCACUGGCCUUUGGAGUCCCUGCUGCCCUCAUGGUGGUUUCUCUGAUUGUGUUCAUCAUUGGGAGUGGUAUGUACACCAAGACCGCCCCGCAGGGCAACAUCAUGGUGAAGUUCUGCAAAUGCAUCGGGUUUGCCAUCAAGAACCGCUUUAGGCAUCGUGCUCCUGCCUACCCAAAAAGAGAUCACUGGAUGGACUGGGCUGAGGAGAAAUACGAUAAACUCCUGAUCGCCCAGGUGAAGAUGGUGGUGAAGGUGCUGUUCCUCUACAUCCCUCUGCCCAUGUUCUGGGCUCUCUUUGACCAGCAGGGCUCAAGAUGGACCCUUCAGGCCACUACCAUGGAUGGAAACUUUGGACUGUUGAUAAUCCAGCCGGAUCAAAUGCAGACUGUCAACCCUAUCUUGAUCUUGGCUUUGGUCCCGAUCAUGGACAGUGUGGUCUACCCCUUGAUCUCCAAGUGCAAACUGAACUUCACUCCGUUGAAGAGAAUGACGGUCGGGAUGUUAUUCGCCGCCCUCGCCUUUGUGUCAGCUGCCCUGGUCCAGAUACAGAUCGACAAAACUUUGCCCAACUUCCCGUCAGAAACCGAGGGGCAAGUGAAGUUCAUCAACAUGGUCGACAGACCACUUGAAAUCACAGCGGGAACGCACAGUUUUGUACUGGAGCCUCUCAAGGCCAAUGAAGAUUAUCUCAGUUUUCAAGAACCCUUUCAGCUGACUAUUGGAAAUUUGAGUGAUCUAGUCAGUUUCCAAGAUGGCAGUCGAAAUACCAUCAGCAUUAUUCAAGACGGCGCCCAGCCCAGGACUGUUCAGUUUAAUGACAUCACAGCAAAGCCAGAGCAGGGCGCCAAUGCAAUCAGGUUUUUUAAUGGUUUCGGCUCAGCUUUGAACAUAACAGUGGGCGACAUGGAGUAUGGGAUCACCACUCCCAAUAACAUGUCUGUAUAUGUCGAUUUGCCUCGUGGGAAUUCUGCGUUCCGUCUCAUCAGUACCGCAGGAGAUGUUUGCAUCUUGGAUAAAGAACUGGGAUUCGGCAGCUCCUACACCUUGAUCAUCCCGUCAAGCUUCGCAUUCGGACCAAACUGUGCUCAGAGCAUUCAGGAAGUGAUAGACAUCAAGCCCAACUCUGUCCACAUGGCCUGGCAGAUUCCUCAGUAUUUCCUCAUGACUGCUGGGGAGGUGGUGUUCUCAGUCACCGGCCUGGAGUUCUCCUACUCCCAGGCUCCUAGCAACAUGAAGUCUGUGCUGCAGGCUGGUUGGCUGCUAACGGUUGCUGUGGGAAACAUCAUCGUGCUGAUUAUUGCAGAGGCUGCCACGCUGGAAGAUCAGUGGGCUGAGUACAUCCUCUUUGCCUCAUUGCUGGUGUUGGUGUGCAUAGUCUUUGCCAUCAUGGGUUAUUUUUACACCUACACCGACCCAGCCAAGAUAGAAGCCCAGUUUGCCCAGAAGGAGCCUGAAGACAAGGAGAGGAAGAAGAGCUUGGAAAUGACCAAGAGGGACUCGGUCGGGAGCCACGGAGAGCGCAAGAGGAAGAUCUCGGAUUCCAGCUCUGAUGAGAAAGGAGACUAUCAGACCAAGAUUUAA